AUGUACUACAGCAGCGGCAACUACGAAGCCUUCGCGCGACCGCGCAAGCCCGCAGGAGUUGAGGAGAAGACAGCCUGGUUCGUGGGCUCUGGACUGGCAGCACUAGCUGGAGCGGCAUUCCUAGUCCGCGACGCGCAGAUGCCAGGCCCGAACAUCACGAUCCUCGAAGAGCUCGACCUGCCCGGCGGUGCGCUGGACGGGCUCGAAGUGCCGGAGAAAGGGUUCGUGAUCCGCGGCGGCCGCGAAAUGGAGGACCACUACGAGUGUCUAUGGGACUUGUUCCGCUCGAUCCCGUCGCUCGAGGUCCCCGACGCAUCGGUGCUCGACGAGUUCUACUGGCUCAACAAAGACGACCCGAACCUUUCGCUGCAGCGGGCCACGACCAAUCAAGGUCAGGACGCCCAUACCGACAACAAAUUCGGCCUGACGAGCGCCGCGCAGAAGGACAUCAUCCGCAUCUUCCUCGCCACGCAGCAGGAGAUGGAGGGCAAGCGCAUCAACGAGGUCGUCGGCAGGGAUUUCCUGCAGAGCAAUUUCUGGAUGUACUGGCGCACCAUGUUUGCCUUCCAGGAGUGGCAUUCCGCGCUGGAGAUGAAGCUGUAUCUGCAUCGCUUCGUCCACCAUAUUGGCGGCCUCCCAGACUUUUCGGCCCUCAAGUUCACAAAAUAUAACCAGUACGAGUCGCUCGUUCUACCGCUGCACAAGUGGCUGCUCGACCAUGGCGUCAAGUUCCAGUACAAAACCGAAGUCGUGGACGUGGAUUUCUCCAUUGCUGCAGAUGGCAAGAAGCAAGCCACCCGUAUCCACUGGGUCAAAGAUGGCAACGAGAAGGGCGGUGUCGAUCUGGGAGCCAAUGACCUUGUCUUCAUGACUAUCGGGUCUUUGACGGAGAACUCGGAUCUCGGCGACCAUCACACACCUUCCCAAUUGAACCAGGGUCCUGCGCCGGCUUGGGAUUUGUGGCGGCGGAUCGCGGCAAAGGACUCCUCGUUCGGUAAACCCGACGUGUUUGCUGCAAAUAUUCCAGAAUCCAAGUGGCAGUCGGCCACAGUGACGACGCUGGACACGCGGAUUCCUGCAUACAUACAGAAGAUAUGCAAACGAGAUCCGUUUAGUGGCAAGGUAGUUACCGGCGGCAUUGUGACCGUCAAAGAUUCUAGCUGGCUGCUAAGCUGGACGGUCAAUCGACAGCCACAUUUCAAGAAACAGCCGCGCGACCAGAUCGUGGUCUGGGUCUACUCGCUGCUGGUCGACGCGCCCGGCGACUAUAUCAAGAAACCCAUGCAAGACUGCACAGGCGAGGAGAUCACCCAGGAAUGGCUGUACCACCUAGGCGUGCCGGUCGAAGAUAUUGCCGAAUUGGCUGCCACCGGCGCCCUAUGUGUCCCGGUCAUGAUGCCCUACGUGACAAGCUUCUUUCUGCCGCGCCACCAAGGCGAUCGACCUGCCGUGGUGCCUGAAGGCGCGAUCAACUUUGCCUUUAUCGGCCAGUUCGCCGAGUCCUGUCGCGACACAAUCUUCACCAUCGAGUAUUCCGUUCGCACGCCAAUGGAGGCUGUUUAUCAGCUACUGGGUGUCGAGCGCGGCAUACCGGAAGUUUUUGGGUCGACCUACGAUGUCCGCAAACUGCUGGCUGCCACGAGCAGACUUCGCGACGGACACGAGCUGGAUGCCAGGCUGCCUGACUUUUUUCGCCAUUGGAUCCUUCAUAAACUCGAGCACAAUGAGGUUGGAGCACUGCUGCACGAGUAUCAUUUGAUCUAG